AUGAGUUUCAACAUCUUGGUUGUGUCCGUUGGCCUGAUCGUAGCUGCCUCAGCCAGCAGCCAGCAAGAAAAGAGAAGUGUCAUCAGCAUAGAGCCAGCUGCUUGGCCCGGAGUCGCGACUUGGGUGCAAGGAGGACAUGGUGGUUGGUCAUCAGACACCAGUUCAGAUGUGGCUGGUGCAGUCGCUGCCGCUAAAGCAGCUGCGACCGCGGUGAUGGCCGCUCAGCACGAGGUCGCCGCGGCUAAACAUGCUGCACUGGAACAGCAGAGUGUAGCCAGUGCUAAGGAAGCGGCUGCCGCUCGUGCUGCUCAUAAAAGUGAAGAAGCAGCAAGAAUCGCUCGUGCACAUGCACUAGAGGCUGCACAGGCAGCAGUGCAGGCACAAGCCCAGCUGGCAGGAGCCAAGGCACGCGCUGCUGCUGCUCAGAAGAUCGCUGCCGCCCGCGAAGCUGCAGCUGCUAAGGCCAUACAACGUGCUGCUCACAAUCAGGCUGCCAGACUGCAGAAUGCUGACUUAGAGGCGCUGAAGUUAUCCGUAAUCCAAAGUUCGGGCGCGGCUGGAGCUGCAGGGGCUGCCCAGCACGCUGCUACAGCUGCAGCGGCUGCUCUCCGCCCACAGACGCCAGAGUGGCCAGCAAAACCUUGGACUGCCGCUGCAUGGGUACCUGCCGCUUGGGGCUGGGCUUAA